AUGAAAGAACAAUAUGACAAACGUUUCAAAACUGACAAGGCUUCAAUAAUAAAGGAAGGAGACCGCGUUUAUUGGGACCACCUUCUGAAACUACCUCAAACAAUCGGCAAUACCCCUCUAAAAACUAAAGGUGUUCGCGGACGACGAGAAUCGUCGAUGACAGCUACGAAUCCUGUCCACAUUGACUUCAUCUGUCCUGGCGGAUUGUCCAUUGACGGUCAGCGGCUGCCCUGCGCAUCAAACAUGACAUGGCGAGAAAUCUCAGGAUCUCGGAACUCUCCAGUGGACAGCCUAUUGUUCGAUAGCGUCUAUAAGUUGGCUCGUGUUGCCACGAUUAUGUCCCAGACCCAUACCUCGCUGGAAAUGCGGAUGGCCCGCAUACUAGAUCCUUGCUACGACGCGCUCUCACCUACAGGACUUGGAUUUGCAAUUUCCUUCUUUUCGGCCAAAUGCUUACAUGUGAUGCAAGGGAUGCAGGCAAGAUUUUCCACAGGACACCAAAAUUGUGAGCCUCAUCCUCGUCGUACAAAUGAAGAUCCGUACGACCUGCCAAGUCUGUUCGAUUACGCAUGUAGUUGGGCGCAGGCCCAUCCAUGGAGCGAUGAGUUGUGGAAAAGUUUACCACCGAAAAAGUCCUUGGUUCUGUUACCAUCGAGUUCAAAGAAGCACGUUUACUCGAUACAGUCGCACUGUCAACUGGUACAUGUAUAUUCGAAACCGGAUGACGUGCAGGAAAGCUGGUGUCAAGAUGAAUAUUCCGCCGUCGUACUUUUCAGCCCUUCGAAGGCCUUUGAUAGCGGAGCGUGGGCCAAAGCAUGGCAACUUAUACUUGCAAUGAUUUCGGACGGAAUCGAACUUUUCGUCUUGGGAUGCCCCCGAGACAACAGACAGUGGCCGAAAGCAAUUGAUGGAUUACGAGAUAUGUGCGAGGAAACCGUUGCACAACGGCCGAAGUUGCAGAGUAGAAUUAAAUGUUUGUUGAUGACAAAGAAG